UGUAGAACCAUAACAUAAUAUUUAUUAAUUUAUAAAUUUCUAUGGGUAGAAUCCAACAUAAAUAAAAUCCCGAUAGUAUUUUAGUUGAUAUUUCAGUUUGCACAAAAAUGGAGAAUAAUUGUGAAUCAAUGGAUACUUCUGAUCCAAGGAGGGUUUCUUCGUCUUCAUUCCAAGGUGGUACUCAAAUGAUCGAAAAACAGCUCACUCAUAAUCAAUUGGAAAAUCUUUAUGAAAGCUUAGGAAUAACUGGAAAUGAAUUCAAUAGGGUAAGAUUUGAAGCAAUACACCUCAGGAGUUCGAAUGAAUUAACUGUAAAAGAUGUUAUUGAUUAUUUUUCUGUCCAUAAUCCUAAGUACGUAGAAUUGGUGGAUGAUCAAAGUUUCAAUAUAGUAUGGUAUGAUAGGUCCAGUGCGGCUGUGGCUUUAUAUUCCCUAUCACAAAUUGUUAAUGAUACACCUGUAAGAGCCACUGUGCAACAUAUGUUUUGCAACAUGAAAAUACCUCCUGGUAACUGGCUAAUAGGGAAAGGACAUAUCAACUUGAGCUCUGUUAUAUUACGGUUUUCAAUGAAAAGUGAUGCAAGACCUCGUACAAUGGAAGUUUGUAGCAAGUAUUCAAGAGAUAAUAAGCAGCCAGUAUAUUCUGAACCCAUUGAUAAAAAAAACCCUUGGGGUAAUUUAUCAAAAUUUUGGGAUGAAAAAUAUGAACUCUCAGGCAGGGAUCAAAAACGUCAAAUGGAACAUGACCCUUCAAGACGAGUACAUCUAAAGGGCAGACGACGUAAUAAUCAUUGAAAAAUGUUUUCAAAUGGUCUAAGAAUUUUUUUUACAAUUGUAUAAUAUUUGAAGAACCUGAUGUUGACCCAAAAUAAAAAUUCCUAAUCAAAAAAACAAGAAAUGUUGAAUUAAUUAUUUUGAUAAAAAUAAUAUAAGAUUUAAGUGGAAAAAUUAAAUGGAAAGACUGAUGUAUUUCUGAACUUCAUAUUAUAUCUACUUUUUAAUUA